CUGGAGAAAGCUGUCCUCCUUUUCUUCAUAGCAACAAACAAGAGAAUAAUCAGUAACCUAGGAAAUGGAAAAGAAGUGUUUGAUGACUUCUAUGAUGGACAUGAACUAAAAAUGUUAAUGUAAAAUGUGUUAAUACUUCUAUUUAAAACAAAAAGUAAUUCAGAUGGAGAUUGUUGUUUCUUUAAUGGAGUAUAAACAUCAAAACUGUGUCCUACAUCACAGAUCAGAGUGAAAGACCAACUCAAUGCCACACGUUUGUGGUUUCCGUUUUCGCACUUCCUCUGUAUUCUCCAUUCUUACACCUCGUCUCGUACGUGUAAAGACAUUCUGAGGAAAAUAUAUUGAUGAAGAAAAGUGCAUCAACGUGUACUUUGUCUACAAAAAUGUCCCUUCGAAGCUUGUUGUUGGUCUCUAUGGUUGUGUUCAUCAGCACAGAAGCUGUUUCAGCUGUAGAUGUGAUGAAAGCAGUGGGUGAUCAAGUUUCUUUUCGUCCAGACAAAUUCAUUCCUUCUGUCACCAGCAUCAUCUGGAAACACAGAAACACUGUUGGAACUGUUAACAAGGCGAUUGAAUGGGAUGAAGGAGAAACUCUAAUCCCGAAUCUGAGAUUCAAAGACAUAACAACUGUUGAUGAGAAGACUGGACAAAUCACUAUAACUAAUCUAAAAGUCGAACAUAGUGGAGUUUAUACCAUUGACAUCAACAGUAAAGAGCAGCAACAGAGAUUCAACUUGACUGUUAUGGAGCAGGUCCCCAAACCUGUAAUAAAAACACAGAAGAGUGAAGAUAACCCUGAUGCUGUGAAUUUAAUAUGUGAGUACAAUGAAAUGAUCAUCUGGAAGAAUUCUGCUGGAGAAACACUGAAGGGUUCAAAACACGAUCCGAAAGGAGAGACUUUAGUGGUCAAAUAUGAAGGAAACCUAAAAAACUUCUACACCUGUACACUGAAGAACGCAGUGAGUGAGGAGACCAGUGAGCCGCUCUAUGAGAGAGAUCUGGAGCGGGUCCCCAAACCUGUGAUAAAAAUAGAGAAGAUCAAAGAUAACCCUGAUGCUGUGAAUUUAAUAUGUGAGUACAGUGAAACGAUCAUCUGGAAGAAUUCUGCUGGAGAAACACUGAAGGGUUCAAAACACCAUCCGAAAGGAGAGAUUUUAGUAGUCAAAUAUGAAGGAAAUCGUGGAAACUUCUACACCUGUACACUGAAGAACGCAGUGAGUGAGGAGACCAGUGAUCCGCUCUAUGAGAGAGAUCUGGAGCGGGUCCCCAAACCUGUAAUAAAAAUAGAGAAGAGUAAAGAUAACCCUGAUGCUGUGAAUUUAAUAUGUGAGUACAGUGAAACGAUCAUCUGGAAGAAUUCUGCUGGAGAAACACUGAAGGGUUCAAAACACCAUCCGAAAGGAGAGACUUUAAGAGUCAAAUAUGAAGGAAAUCGUGGAAACUUCUACACCUGUACACUGAAGAACGCACUGAGUGAGGAGACCAGUGAGCCGCUCUAUGAGAGAGAUCUGGAGCGGGUCCCCAAACCUGUGAUAAAAAUAGAGAAGAGUAAAGAUAACCCUGAUGUUGUGAAUUUAAUAUGUGAGUACAGUGAAACGAUCAUCUGGAAGAAUUCUGCUGGAGAAACACUGAAGGGUUCAAAACACGAUCCGAAAGGAGAGACUUUAGUAGUCAAAUAUGGAGGAAAUCGUGGAAACUUCUACACCUGUACACUGAAGAACGCAGUGAGUGAGGAGACCAGUGAUCCGCUCUAUGAGAGAGAUCUGGUAUCAAACAAAGGAUGUGCCGUCGCAGCCUCCAUUCCUUGGAUCACUAUGGUUAUCAUCAUGCUUGUACUGUAAUUGAUUUUCACGAAAUAACAGCUGUGAGUGUAUGAUUGAUGCUGCCACAGUUCUGCUCAUCAUUACUGAAUCAUCUGGAGCUCUGAACCAGAUGUGGCACAUGAUGUGCCAGAUGUGCCUUCAUGAAUGUCAUUCAACCUUUCUGGACAUGAUGAAUGUCUUAUUGGGACCAAACAGAGUGUUUUGCAGGCAUGUUGAUUGAUUGUGUAUUAAUAAAUAGCUACUAAAAUUUCAUGAUAAUAAAUAUUACACAAAA